UCUAGAAGAGUAAUCGCUUGCAAAAUGCGUUCCGUUUUCAUUUUUCUGCUCACCGUAAUGGCGCUCGUCAACCUCCCAGGCAACUCUGCGAGUGAAUCUUGUCCGACGGAAAACUGCAUGUCACAGGAUAACUGCGACAUUCUUUGGAAGGGGGCUGAAUGUCCGAACAAACAGCAAGUCUGUUGCAGCGUUGUGAAAAAAAAUCAAGAGACCGCAUGCAGACACUACGGUGGAGAGUGCAUGAAGAAAUGCAAUCCAAGCCUACAACGUCCUGGUCCAUGUCCUAACAACAAGGUAUGCUGCGUCCUGAUCCACUGAUGGAUGCGCGAGACGACGGGAGAUGUGGAUUGAUCAUCGGUUCGAUUGUGUUUUUUGAAUAAAUGAGUUUAGAAUGUGAAAGAAAAAAUUUACAUCCUUAUUUAUGAUAUGA